GAUGGCCUCUUUCACGCAAGUCUCGAUAGCGACAGUGGGUGCGACAGGCUAACAGUAGAAGAAACCGAGCUUGUUCUCGAGGCUCAAAUCCACCUCGGUGUUCACAAGGCUGAAAGACAUAUGCAAAUGAGGAUGCUACGGUCUGAGGCCAUGAGAUCCCAUGGAGGAGGCUUCGAUAACAUAAAAAGGUACACGUACUUCACAUCCUAUGCCAUUUCAGGAAUCCUUAGUGGUCGCUCACGGCGCUCUGCUGACUUUCAGGAGACUUUUGACGGUCGCAUAGGGCGACAUACGCUCAUUUCUGGGUGCCAACUAAAUGGUGAUGUCUUCGCAUGCGAUGUCCCGCUGCACGCUCAUCGCACUAAGCAUUUGUGUUUAAACAAGCAAAACUCAACAUUCGCUCUACAAAAAGAGCCUUUUUCGUUCGUUAUGGUCCAUGAACGCUGUUUGCACCUGACCGAAUAUCGCAUAGGGCAAGUCCAUGGCAAUUGUUUGGAGCCUUAUUCGGCACAUCUGUGGCUAGGCGGCGAUGUCAAGCAUUCAGCGCAACCACCGGGGAAGGCGAGUGAUUGGCUUCUGCAGUCCGCAUUUGAUGUUUCUCAUAGAUUCACAUUUGCGGGCUGCGAGUGUUGGAAUGCAAGGAGCAUCGGGUGAGACGCUCAGUCACAAAGCGGUCAUUUGGACCAUGGUGAUGGGAUUUGCUAGGUGAAUGAGGCCGAGUGGCCGGUCAUCACAGCAGCGACGGGAGGCCAUU